GGGUUCUUGCUCCUCGAUAGUUGACUCUGGAUAAGUACAAUCUGCUCUCAGCGAUCAAUAUCAUCUAGCGGCGGACUGCCAUCGUAUUUAACCAGUGGUAGACGGGUAUAGCAAGCUUUUGGUGACCUUAUGUAGUAGUUUUGGAGGCUACCACGACAGUUCGCGCGGCUAGGCCUGAAGAAGCUGGUAAGUCGCUCAGUCUAAUUCCUGAACAUCAACAAUGUGGUGCAUAGACGCUCGCACAAUUGGAAAUCCUUCCCUGCAGUGUAGCUUCUGUUGGCUAUGGCAAAAAGCCAAUGAAGCAUUUCUUGGAUACUUGAAGGGUCUUCUCAGGUUCCUCUGCCGUUCCCGCGCACCUUCACCUUCGGUAGUCUCCCCCUUUUGGUGCCUCGUAUAGGGCCCACGCGCAGCUGGAGCAGUGCGAUUACUGACACUUGCAUCAUAUGAUGCACAAUAU